UUUCGCAGAGUCCAGCCACGGUAACACCGCUGUAGACGAGUGCAUAAACAUUUGCUCCAGGUGACAAAAAGUAAAUAAAGGAAAAUUUCAACCGCAACGCAAACAGACGGCGAAAAGAUCCGAGAAACCGCUCCACGAUGGCUUCAUUUUUCAACGUUGGCGCUUUGGGAAAUGUAUUCUCCACUCCAGUUGGCCAGCGCAUAGAGGCCGCCACCGAUGCCAACUUGGCCUCGGAGAACUGGGCCGCCAACAUGGAGAUCUGCGACAUGAUCAACGAAUCCUCAGACACCGCCCGUGAUGCCAUGCGCGCCAUCCGCAAGCGCCUCACCCAGAAUGCCGGCAAGAACAACCAGGUGGUGAUGUACACGCUGACCGUCCUGGAGACGUGCGUGAAGAACUGCGGCAAGGCUUUUCAUGUCCUGGUAGCCCAGAAGGACUUUAUCAACGAGUUGGUAAAGCUGAUCGGGCCCAAGAACGAUCCACCAGCUGCAAUGCAGGAGAAGGUUCUCAGCUUGAUACAGAUUUGGGCGGAUGCGUUUAAAAACCAGCCGGAUCUUAAUGGAGUCACCCAGAUGUAUAUGGAACUGAAAAACAAGGGCAUUGAAUUCCCAGCCAACGAUCUGGAUGCUAUGGCGCCUAUUUACACGCCACAGAGGAGCGUUCCUGAGUUGCCUCCUCAGUUGGUGGCCGCCCAGCAGCACACAAUUUCGCCUCAACACAUGGCCGCCGCCGCCGCCGCUGCUGCAGCAGCCGCCGCUCCGCCCAGCACAGGACCUUUGCAUUUGACCCCUGACCAAGCGGCCAAGCUGCGCUCCGAGCUGGAAAUCGUUAGCAACAACAUGUCCAUCCUGAGCGAAAUGCUUAGUGUUCUGAAGCCUGGGCAGGAGUCGCCCGAUGACUAUGCCUUGCUCAACGAGCUCACCUCCACCUGCAAGGAGAUGCAGUCUCGCAUCGUCGAUCUGAUUGGUCGAGUCCAGGACGACGAGCUCACCGCGGAGUUCCUGCGCAUCAACGACGAGCUGAAUAACGUGUUUUUGCGCCAUCAGCGGUACGAGAAGACUCGCUCACAGGGCCAGGGAGCUGCUGUCACCUCGCCAUCGGCAGUGCUGGGCGCUGCAAUGGGUUUGCCCGGGGUGGGAGCGGCUGGAACAGUAGCCACUACGGUGGCCACGCUCCCACCUCCGCCCACAACUACUGCCGUAAGCAAUACGCCGCAAAGUGACCAGCUGCUGAUCGACCUGAUCGAAAGUAGCGAGGAGGCCCAACUGCCGCAGAGCCUGGGCCAGCUCAGUCUGGGUGGAGGAGCAGCAGCACCCAUCGGGAUUCAGAGGGGAGCCCGGCCUACCGAUGAGUUCGAUAUCCUGGCCCAGUCACGCACUGAUGGGAACCAUAAAUCGGAUAUGCUUAGGGACAUUCCCACCGUGGACGCUGCUGCAGGAAGUGUGACGGCCACCGCCUCGCCUUAUAAACAGAAUCAACCACAAAUGGCAGCACAGCGCUCAGCCGGCGAUCCGCCGGUGGUAAGUAAAUCGACGAAAGAGAAUGAGAUCGACGAGAUGGAGGCGUGGUUGGGCAGCUCACACAUCGAGGGCAUUGAGGAACUGACCAGCUCGGAGUUUGACAAAUUCCUAGAGGAGCGAGCCGCUGCCGCCGAAAAUCUUCCAACGAUCAAUGCAUCGAACUCCGCCGCCAGUGCCACGACAGGAACCGUCGGAGCAGACAGCUUACGAAAGACACCAAAGAAACCGGGCGCCGAGGAGGAUCUGCUCGCCCUCUGAGUGAUCUCCGCCAGCACCAUCAUCGGCUCUAAUUGUUUACUCUUUCAAAUGUUAUACACACCCUAACAUACUUAUGCAUAACGUCUAUAUGAUAGCAGAUACAUAUUAACACUUUAUGUAAAAUGCUUUUAAUUUUUACAAAACUGCAACGAUAACUAUUGAUUAUAUUCCAAAAAGCGAUCUUCUGUUGGUCUAAUUAUAAGCCACGUCUACACAUAUUGAUGGUAAUUUAAUGUAUUACGUUACAAGUCUAUUUGUUGUUUAUUUAUACAUAUACAUACAUUAUAAAGCUAAUUUAUUUUACAAAA